CCACCGAGAGGUCAGUUCAAGCUGAACCUCCCAGCGAAGAGGUUUAUUAUCAGUGUCGGUCAUGGUGGUAGCUGGUUUCGUAGCUCUAGCGUUGUUUGCCUGGCUAGCGGUAGCAGCACUACACAAAUGGAUAACAAGUAACAAAAAGUAUUUCGCCAGGAAACAGAUUCCGUCUAUGGAGGUGAAACUUCUAUUUGGAAGUACGGGUCCUCUCAUUUUCAAACAGUACUCUUUCCAUGGAUUCAUCCAGUAUAUUUACAACAAAUAUUCAGAUGCAAAAGUGUUUGGUAUGUUCGACGCAAUGACACCGAUCUUAGUAGUUCGCGAUCCGGAAUUAAUCAAAAAAAUAACUAUAAAGGAUUUCGAAUAUUUCGCGGAUCACAGACCGAUGUUCGGAGAUAGUAAUAACGACAAUCCUUAUUCGAUUUUUGGGAAGACCUUGUUUGCGAUGAGUGGUGAGAAAUGGCGCAAUACAAGAGCCACUCUGAGCCCUGCUUUUACUGGCAGUAAAAUGCGUCAAAUGUUUAAACUGGUUAUCGAAUGUUGCGAAAACGUUUCGAAACAUUAUUUAAACCAAACCAAGGAAUCACAGAAGGUUGGAUUAGGUGAUCUGUUCCAUCGCUUCUGUACCGAUGUGAUAGCAUCCUGUGCAUUUGGCUUCGAGACAGACUCGUUCGGCGAUCGAGACAAUGAUUUUUUUACGAAUGGAAAAAAGAUGAUGCAAUUUGACAGAUUUAGCGUAGCGUUAAGAAUUUUCGGUUUUAAGUUUUUUCCUUCACUGAUGGGCAAACUAGGGAUCGAUAUAAUUGACCGAGCACAGGCUCGAUACUUCCGAACUAUAAUAAUCCAAGCAAUUCAAGAGAGACGAGAUAAAGGAAUCGUUCGGGAAGAUAUGAUCCAAUUAUUGAUUCAGGCUAAAAACGGAAUGCUGCGUCGUCAACAAGAAACGGACAUCGACGAAGGGUUUUCUACCGUGAAGGAAUCCGAGAUUGGAAAAUCGAUUGCUCCAGCGAACAUGACUGAAAACGAAAUGAUUGCACAAGCAUUUAUCUUUUUUCUCGGUGGUUUCGAAACUGUCUCCACCACUUUGACAUUCUUGGUGCAUGACCUGGUUAUGAAUCCGGAUGUUCAAGUGAAACUGUAUGAAGAAAUUAAAGCAACCGAUAAAGAAUUAGGUGACAAAACAUUAAACUAUGAUGUCCUUCAAAAAAUGAAAUACAUGGACAUGGUCGUUACGGAGAGCAUGCGUAUUCGACCGGCCGUUGCCCUUCUGGAUCGGAUUUGCACUCGGGAAUAUGUAUUAGAUGAUGGAGAAGGCUUGAAGAUCACCGUUGAUAAGGGUACCACAAUCUGGGUUCCAGUUCAAGGCCUUCAUCAUGAUCCGCAGUACUAUCCAAACCCAACGAAAUUCGAUCCCGAACGAUUUAAUCCCGAAAACAGGGACACAAUCAAUCCCUUCACCUAUCUACCAUUUGGUACUGGACCACGGAACUGCAUUGGAUGUCGCUUUGCCUUGAUGGAAGUUAAGGCACUAAUUUAUUAUUUGCUGCUGCGGUUUUCUUUUGAACGGAGCGAAAACACACAAGUGCCACUGAAACUACGCAAAGGUUACACCAUAGUUGCGAGCGAGAGUGAAGUGUACGUGGAUUUCAAAAGGCGCCAUCAAAAAUAAAAGAGCCAUGUUUAAUGUGUUUGGCUACACAGUAAAAAUUCGUGAAUAUUAAUUAUAACGUAAAUUGCACAUUAUUUCAAUAAAUAGUGACAUCAAUCUUAAUCUAAUACAAUUUUCUAUACAAAUUGUUAUAAAUAAAAAUCACGUCACUCAUGACACAAAGCUAUAGCAUGUCUCAGAAAUUUCCACUACUCAACGAUUUUUUUCAUUUACAUGUCAUUUGAUAGUGCAUGUAAAAUUUUGUUUAUUUGCAUGAAAAUCGUGAAAAUUUCAAAUCACAUGUAAAGUUAGGUUACAGGUUAUGAUACACAUUUGUUACACUCAAGUAAAUGUAGAUUUAUUGGUUUUA